ACGGAGGCUACGUAUCUUGUUCAACAAAUUGUUAGUUCGCGAGUGCUCUCCACUCUAGAUUGAAGUGAAAUUAACUAAUCUUUUUAACUAAAGGCCACAAUGUCAAUAAAGCCACUCCUCCUCCCGCUACUAAUAUUGUGCAUCAUGACGUCAUGUAAAGGUGCCGCUCCAUGCAAGUUGCGCGUCUACCUCGCGAGAGCCGAGCAGACGGAUGAGAACGGUCUCAAGUGCUGGGACACUGUCAAAGUGCCAGCUUGUGGGGGCCGGUGCGAUUCUAGAGAGAUUUCAGACUGGGAGUUCCCAUUCAAGAAGUCCCACCACCCCGUGUGCUUGUAUGGAAGCCGUCGGCCAUUGAUGGUGCGUUUGCGACACUGUGACGCGGGAGUGGCGACAGGCACCGAUGUGUUCCAUUAUAUCGCUGCUGAGGAGUGCCGGUGCAAGGUUUGUUCUUCUGAAUAUACGAGCUGCGAGUGGAUGCCACCGAACUCUACCCUCAUGGACGGAGUAGACGGUAUGGACUUUGAAGACCUGGAAGAAGAAUACAAUGAAUAAACACGAAAAGCUUUAAAAACAGAUAAGUCCACAAUAUGUAAAACUAUAGUAAGAGUAUAGAGUACAGAUAUUAAAACCGGUACCUAUUUUGAUGUCAACAGUUUCAGUUUCAAUAUAAACGCACGACGUAGCGGGCAGAAGCUAGUACUUAUGUUUUACAAAAUUAUCAAUCUCUAUAAAUAACUCAUUAUAAAUGUAAGUAGGAAAAAUUCAUAAAUUAUUACCCACAAACAAUAUGUAAAAAAUGUAUCUUUAAAUAAUAAAAGAGUUUAUUUUUAAAA